AUGAUCUGGUUAGACAUAGACAACACUCUGUAUUCUGCCAGCACGCGGAUCUCUCAAGCAAUGGGCGAGCGUAUACAUGCCUACUUCCUGGCGUUGGGCUUUCCUGAAGAAGAAGCGUCGGAGCUGCAUCACAAGUACUACACGGAAUACGGCCUGGCGCUCCGCGGUCUCGUAAGGCACCACCAAAUCGACGCAUUGGACUUCGAUCGCAAAUGUGAUGGGUCGCUGCCCUUGGAGGACAUACUAAAGCCAGACCUCAAGCUACGGAAACUCCUUGAGGACAUCGACCGCAGCAAGGCUCGGGUAUGGGCGUUGACGAACGCGUACCAAGCACAUGCCAAACGUGUCCUACGCAUCCUCGGCGUUGAGGAUCAAGUGGAAGAUGUAGUCUUCUGCGACUACUCAAACCCACAAUUCGCAUGCAAACCAGAGCCGGGGUACUUCCACAUUGCCAUGCAGAAAGCCAACUUCCAGGAUCUGUCCAAGUGCUGCUUUGUGGAUGACAGCAGGACCAAUGUGCGCGCUGCUAAACAGCUUGGAUGGGGCAGAUGCGUGCACUUCUGCGAACGCGGUCUCGUGGCUGUAGAAGGCGGCAAGGCCAAGGAGAUAGGAAAGAAUAAUGUACCAGAUGCUGAGGACGAAGGCAUCACAGUCAUCACGGAUCUGGAGGAACUGAGGACUGUUUGGUCUGACCUCUUCAAAUCAGAAUAG